UCCACAACCUCAACAAUAUAAACCACCACUGAUCAUAAACUGUGACUCAAAACUUAAAAGUUUCAACACCAGUUCUUAGCUUCUUACCACUUAAUAAUUUCUUCCAACCAUGCCCCCAAUCCAUCGGCAGCUGGUAGACCGUGUGGCCAUUGGCCGCUACCAAGAAGAGGUAGCGGACCCUGGCGCCAUCAGGGCUUUUGUGGCGGAAUUCAUUAGUGUGUUAAUCUUUGUGUUUGCGGGUCAAGGUUCGGGGUUGGCUUUUGGAAAGCUAACUCAUGGUGCGGAUACUACACCGUCUGGUCUGGUUGCGGUUGCAAUUGCACAUGGUUUAGCACUGUUUGUUGGGGUGGCGAUUAGUGCUAAUAUCUCUGGUGGACACGUGAAUCCUGCUGUUACUUUUGGUGCCUUUGUUGGUGGUAAUAUUACGUUGCUACGUGCCAUUUUCUAUAUUAUUGCGCAGCUGCUUGGGGCUGUUGUCGCUUGUUUUCUUCUUAGCUUCUCUACUGGUGGUUUGGCCAUCACCGGAUGCUCCUUGAGCGCCGGACUAUCAGUAUGGAGCGCCUUUGUCUUUGAGAUUGUCAUGACAUUCGGGCUGGUCUACACCGUGUACGCGACCGCCAUUGACCCGAAAAAGGGUGAAGUCGGCACAAUUGCACCGUUGGCUAUUGGUUUGAUCGUAGGAGCCAACAUUCUAGUCGGCGGGCCGUUUACCGGUGCAGCAAUGAAUCCAGCUGUGGCAUUUGGGCCCUCUUUGGUUGGCUGGGACUGGGGUAACCACUGGAUUUAUUGGGCUGGGCCCCUCAUUGGUGGUGGGCUCGCUGGUGCCAUCUAUGAGCUUGUGUUCAUUAACCGCUCUCAUGAGUCGUUACCUGGGUCAGACUUUUAAGAUUUGUGAAAAGACUUUUCUGCCCUUGUUAGUCUUGAAUAAUUGUUGUACUUAGUGAAUUGUGAGUUGGUGUGUAUGCUUGUUUUGUAUUCGAAUAUUCAUAUCUAAUUUGAAUAUUAGUGUUGUUUUUAUUUAAAAUA